CUUAAUUCAACUCGUUGAAUCAGAAUUAAUUUUCCAACUUACACAGUCCUACGGAAUCUUUAUCCACUGGCCAACCCACUGUCAGAGUGCAACUCUCGGGCAGAAUCGGCAAAGUGUAAACAGAGAACAUAAGCUCUGUUUCCGUUUUGAUCGAAGCAAGCCCUUUCCCAAAAUGGCCGAUCAGCCCAUUACUUCUCGUCCUCCAUCUUCUCUCCCAACGGAUCGGAUUCACGUGUUCUGGCACGAGGGUAUGCUCAAUUAUGAUACUGGCAUAGGCGUAUUUGAUACCGGAAUGGACCCUGGUUUUCUUGAUGUACUGGAAAAGCACCCAGAAAAUGCUGAUAGGGUCAAGAACAUGCUCUCUAUACUCAAAAGGGGUCCUAUUGCACCUUUCAUUUCCUGGCACUUGGGUAGACCUGCUGUGAUAUCAGAGUUGCUCUCUUUCCACACUCAAGGUGGUACAGACUCUGCAUAUAUUACUAGAAGGAAGGCAUUAGGUGAAGAAGAUAAGAUGGAGAGGCUAUGUCUCAGUGAGAGAAUCCGAGGAGCCUGUGAUAAUUUGAUUCACUUCAAGGGGAAUAAUCCUCCAAGUUUUAUUGAUUUUCUUCCUGCCCAAAAAACAGGAGAAUCUCUCACUAAGCUGACCAAGUCUGGCAUCUAUAGCUUGACUCUGUCAGAAAGUGAAUCCAAUGAAACUCUUCUAGUUUGGAUCGCUGGAGGUGAUGAUAAGGAUGGAUACCUAGACUUAUUGAAUUGUCAUCUAGAGAUCGAUACCUAG